CGAAGCCAACAUGUCUGACAUCGAGCGACCRGUUUCAGCKCCUGURCACUUAGAUAGAAAACUWAGUGGCGAUCCCCUGCCUAAAUCACGYGAAGGAUCGUUUCUWUCAGACGAWAACGACCACUUGUCCGAYAAUGARCUCGAAGAAAUGUUGUUGGAAAGRAUUCAMAAAGGCGAYAUGCUUGCUAAGUUUCAACUAGGACAGUUCUACUUUGAAAGAAAAAUAUAUGAUAAAGCUAUUGUUAGUUUUGAAAGAAUAAGAGAUACGGACUUUCAAGCUAAAUAUCAACUUGGUGUCAUGUAUUAUGAUGGUCUUGGGACAAAAGCAGAUCCUGUCAAAGGAGCCCAAUAUAUGAGGGAAAUUGCUGAAUCUAACAACCCAGACGCYUCUCAYCUUAYACACCAUGCACAGUUUAACCUUGGAAGAGCAUAUUUUGAAGGGUUUGGAGUAAAACAAUCAGACAAGGAGGCCGAAAGAUGGUUCUUGUUAGCUGCAGAUGAUGGCGAUYCCAAGGGAAGUGUCAAAGCACAGAUGGUCUUAGGGUUGUUUUAUUCAAGAUCAGGAGAAGAYUCCUUUGAUUUAGACAAAGCUUACUUCUGGCACCAAGAGGCAACUGGUAAUGGAAGUGUUGAGUCUCAAGGUGCAUUGGGUGUCAUGUUUGAGUAUGGUAUUGGGCCUAAGCAAAAUAUUCAAUCAGCAUUUGAGUGUUUGAARGGUGCUGCUGUUAGAGGGAAUGUGUAYGCACAGGGAAAUCUUGCAGUCCAUUACUACAGAAGAAAACUAUUUAACAAGGCAGCUGAUGUUGCUAAAAGUGUCGCUGAACUAGAAGAUGUUGAAUCAAUAGCAGAAGAAACAGGCUGUUUACCAAAUUAUGUUGCCAAAGGAAUAGCACUAGGUUGCUUUGUUUAUGCGCGCUGCCUUCACCAUGGCUAUGGAGUGGAUAAAGAUGUUAAAGGAUCAGAAAAGUGGUAUAAAAGGGCAGCAUCAUUYGAUAUGGAUAUAGCAGCAAGAUUACAAGAUUACAUGACAUAUGGAUACAUCUAACAAUUGGACAUUGUWAACAUAAAUUUUGAAUUAUCAAUUUGUACUUAAAAGGAAAUCUUUUCAGGCAUUCAUAUUGUGAACAUUUUGUAAAUAUAUAGUAUUUUUCUAUCGUACUUAUUAUUGAUUCAAAGUAUUUUCAAAAAAUACUAAUGCCCGAGUGUAAUUGUAAUUUGGAUAUAAAAAUAUCAAUAUAAAAAGUAUAAUGAAAAUAAU